AAAGUGUUGUUUGCACACUAUCCAGCCAGAUCAGAAAAUAUGUACCAUUGCAUUUGUUCUCAUGAGUGUGACUGUGAGUGUGUCCUGCUUUUGUGUGCGAUUGUCGAAGUGUGUUGUGUGCAUUUGUCUUGCGGUAUCUGUGGCUAUAUUUGUGGACCUGCCUGUCAGUACAUAUGCGUGUAUCCUGGUUAACACCUUGUAAAAUUAUAGAUCACAAUCAUCAUGGUAUUGAAUGCCGUCAUUUCCAAACUGGCUGGGAAACGCGUGGUUCUUGCCAGUGCUUCACCGCGUAGAAGAGAAAUUUUGAACAACGUUGGUCUUAGAUUUGAAGUGGUGCCCUCUUGGUUUAAGGAGACACUUGACAAGUCUAUUUUCAAAACCCCCUAUGGAUAUGCAAAAGAAACUGCAAAGGAGAAGGCCCUUGAGGUGGCAACAAGAAUGCACUUGAAACAUUUCAAGACUCCGGACAUUGUUAUUGGUGCAGACACUGUUGUGUGCAUUCAUGGUGACAUUCUCGAGAAACCUGCAAACAAACAAGAUGCAUACAAUAUGUUGUCAAGACUCAGCAAUGAAGAACAUAGUGUUUUCACCGGGGUUGCAAUUGUCCAAUGUAUCGGCAAAACUAAUAACCAGCUGGAGACCAACGUUACUCUUUUUCACGAAGAGACAAAGGUGAAGUUCUCGGAACUGUCUGAGGAGCUUCUGUGGGAGUACAUACACAGUGGUGAGCCAAUGGACAAGGCAGGUGGCUAUGGAAUUCAGGCGCUCGGUGGGAUGUUAGUUGAAUACGUUCAUGGGGACUUUUUGAACGUGGUGGGAUUUCCCCUCAAUCACUUCUGCAAGAAGCUGGCUGAAAUCAACAGUUCAUUGGAAAGCCAGUCUAUGGCAAGCAAUGCCACGCCUAGUGGUUCCGUAAACCAGGACAAGAUGAUGGAUGCAGAAAAGGGCCUGAAGUCUGACCAAACUACACCAAUGGAAGCGGAGCCAAAAGGUUUGGGUGCAACGCCACAAAACGCUACCUCUGAGGCACGAGAGUCGGAAGUGCCCGACAGUUUACCAAGGACAUCCGGCCACGUUGAGAUGAAUGAGGGCCUCCUCAAAGUGGCAGAUCUGGUGGAAGGUUUCAAAGCGUCAAAGGUCCUAUUCACAGCCACCAAACUGAAAGUAUUUGAUGUGUUGAGCACACAAGAUGGUUUAGAAGCUUCAGACAUUGCUCAGAGAUUAAAGACCACAGUGGAUGGGACAGAACGUCUCUUAGAUGCGUGCGUAUCACUGGGCUUAGUAGAUAAAACGCCAGGAACUUCACAAUUCUAUAAGAACACAAAACUGGCCAACAUGUUUCUGGUGUCAGACACUGCAAAUUCUGUGUGUGAUUAUAUUAGUUAUAAUAAUGAUCACAUUUGGCCACUGUUCACUCAUCUGGAUUUGGCUGUGAAAGAGGGGCCAAAUCAGUGUGCAUCAACUCCUGGGGCAAAGGCUACAGACUUAUUUCAGAAUUCAGAACAAAUGUUGUCUCGAAUGUCUGCCAUUAACAGUAUUAUCAAAGUGGUUGGGAAUGACAUUGUUUGGGCGUUUGAUCUUUCAUCAUUUAAAACUGCUUGUGACUUAGGAGGAGUUUCUGGAGUUUUGGCAUACGAGAUGGCAAAUGCAUAUCAAGAUAUGGUUCUCACACUGUUUAACCUGCCACCAUUGUUGGAAAACUUUAAGCGUUUCCAACGACAAAGUCAAAACAUGAGUCGAAUUUCUUUCCAGGAAGGAAACAUCUUCACAGACGAUAUACCGCAGGCUGAACUUUACAUUCUUGGGCAUGUUCUGCAUUACUGGAAGGAAGACAAGAUCGAUCUCCUGUUAAGCAAGCUCUCUCACAGAUGCAAACCAGGAUGUGGCCUUCUCCUGACUGAGAUUGUGCUGUAUGAUCGGAAGACCAAACCCUGCAGAGCCCUCCUGCAGAACCUCGGCUUGAUGAUGGAGAGUGAAGGGAAGGAGAGGAGUGGGUCCGAGUACAGGAAACUCCUACAUAACCACGGCUUCACAAACGUGCACAUCAAGCACACAGGAACUAUUCUGGAUGUCAUUUUUUGCACGAAGCAGUAAUUCUUCUCACAGAACUAGUUGGUCGUUUAAUAUAAAGGAAGGAACUGCAGAUGCUGGU